AUGAGUGGUGGCGUAUAUGGAGGAGAUGAAGUCGGUGCUCUCGUAUUUGAUCCUGGUUCGCAUUCUUUUCGCAUUGGUUUCGCUGGUGAAGAAUUUCCAAAGGGAGAUAUACCAAGUCAUUUGGGUAUUCAAGAAGUUCUGGAUGAAGUCGAUAAUACCAUUGAUCAAGAUCAGAAAUCUCAAAAGCGCAAAAAAUAUCAUAUUGGCAGUACGGUGUUAGGAGUACCUAGAGAAAACACUACUAUUGAAACAUUCAUGAAAGAUGGGCAGAUCGAUAAUUGGGAUAUUUUUGAACAAAUGAUUGAUUAUUCAUAUAAACAAAUCUUUUAUGCUGAAAGCAUUUACCAGCCAGUUUUGUUCACUGAAGCCCCGUGGAAUGCAAAAAGUAAUCGUGAGCGGUUGAUGGAACUCAUGUUCGAAAAAUAUAAUGUUCCAGCUUUUUAUCUUGUUAAAAACGCUGUUCUUGCAUCAUAUGCCAACGGGCGAACUUCGGGUUUGGUUCUCGACAGUGGAUCGUCACAAACUUCUGCUGUUCCAAUAUUUGAUGGAUAUUGCUUAACUCAUGCUGUUGUUCGUGCUCCGAUCGGAGGUGAUUUAAUCGUUGAACAAUGUCGAUUAAUGUGUGAAGAACAACAGAUUGAAAUUAUUCCCGCGUAUAAAAUAGCAACUAAAGAAGCUGUAAGUGAGAACGAAGCUCCAAUAUGGACAAUGAAAAAAGGUCUGCCAAAUGUAAAGAGGAGUUUCGAUGAUUAUAUGCGUAAACAAGUAUUGGAAGAUUUAGCGAGUUCAGUUUUGCAAGUAUGUGAUACUCCAAUUGAUGUCGAAUUUGCCGAAAAAUUGCCAUCCUCGCCAUUCUGUUUUCCAUGUGGUUUCAUGAAAGAAUUUCAAGCGGAAAGAGUGAAAAUACCCGAAGGAUUAUUCGAUUUAAAUUAUUUGAAGGGAAUAGAUAAAUCAAUUUUAAUGUCUGUCUCGCAAAUUGCAGCUACGAGUUGUGGAAUGUGUGAUAUUGAUAUUCGUCCGACUUUGUAUAGCAGCUUAAUGGUAACUGGUGGUAAUUCAUUAAUAAUGGGCUUUACUGAACGGCUUAAUCACGAUCUUGCUCUAAAAUGUCCACCAACAAUAAAAUUACGAGUCAAUGCUGCACCUACACCAAUGGAACGGAGAUUCGGUGCUUGGAUCGGAGGUUCCAUUCUCGCGUCCUUGGGGACAUUCCAACAAAUGUGGGUUAGUCGUGCUGAAUAUGAUGACUGUGGCAAAACGCUUGUUGAGAAAAAGUGUCCCUAA